GUAUUUCAUUUCAGGUAAUAAUGAGAUCUCGGACUGAUCAGAUUUCAACGUUGCGAGAUAUCAUGACCCGGAAGAAAAUGCUUUAACCAAUCCAGGGACAACACGAAAGACAACACGAAAGUGGUAAAUUUAUACUCAGCAUCAACUCGAGUAAUGCGUGUCCUGUUAAGUUGACAGAUAUGAUGGACUACAGAAAAUUGUGGAGUUCGACUAAUUGGGAGAAAUCUUUCGUUUUUUUUCUACUGAGUCUUGACAUUUGUUUAAUUGGUGUAUAUAGUGCAAAUAAAGAUGUUGAAGAACAUUUAGCAAUGGGAAAAAAGUUGUUAGCAGCUGGACAGUUAGCAGAAGCCUUGUCACACUAUCAUGCUGCUGUUGAUGGAGAUAGAAAGAACUACUUGACCUACUUCAGAAGAGCUACUGUAUAUUUAGCUUUGGGGAAAUCCAAAUCUGCACUUCCUGAUCUAGACAAAGUGAUGGAACUUAAACCCGAUUUUACAGCUGCAAGACUGCAGCGUGGUAAUGUUUUACUGAAACAAGGAAAGCUUCAGGAAGCUAGACAGGAUUAUGAAACAGUGCUGAAGAAAGACCCAUCAAAUGAAGAAGCUCAGCAACAGUUACAGCUUUUAUCUCCUAUACACAGUGAUAUAUUAACUGCUAAAGAUUUCUAUGCAAACAAACAGUAUGAUGCUGCUAUAGAUAUACUGGGUAGAGUAGUAGAUAUAUGUCCCUGGGAUGCUGAACUAAGAGAAAUACGAUCUGAUUGUUAUUUAGCCGUAGGAGAUAAUUUUAAAGCUAUUAGUGACAUUCGCUCAACAACGAAACUUAUUAGUGAUAACACCAAUGCAUAUUUAAAAUUAAGUCAAAUCCAUUAUACCAUGGGAGACGCUGAAGAUUCACUUGUACAAAUCAGAGAAUGUUUAAAAUUAGAUCAAGAACAUAAAGAUUGUAAAAAACAUUAUACAAAAGUGAAGAAACUUGUAAAACAGUUAAAUUCAGCACAGGAAUUUAAAAAUGAGAAAAAAUAUCAAGAAUGUGUAGAUAAAGCCAAACAAAUAUUAAAGACAGAGCCUAAUGAACCAGAAUAUUUAUUAAAGGCCUAUUCAUAUUUAUGUCAUUGUGAUCAUGGGGCAGGACAUAUAAAAGAAGGUUUUAAAGAUUGUGAUACAGUAUUAACAAUGGAUCCAGAAAAUGUUGAUGCUGUUAUAGAUAAAGCUGAAACCCAUAUAAGUAAUGAAGAAUUUGAUGAUGCGAUACGAUUAUUCCAAGAUGCUCAAAAUAAAGAUCAAGAAUCCAGAAGAAUACGAGAUGGAAUGAAUAGAGCUCAAAAAUUAAAAAAACAGUCUCAACGGAGAGACUAUUAUAAAAUUUUAGGUGUUAAAAGAACUGCAUCGAAAAAACAGAUAUUAAAAGCAUAUAAAAAAUUAGCCAUGAAAUGGCAUCCUGAUAAAUAUGAAGGAGAUGAUAAAGAUAUGGCUCAGAAAAAAUUUAUAGAUAUAGCUUCAGCUAAAGAAGUUUUAACAGAUCCAGAUAAAAGAAAUAAAUUUGACAAUGGAGAAGAUCCAUUAGAUCCAGAAAGCCAGCAGGGACAGGGAUUUAAUCCGUUCGGACAAGGUUUCAACCCAUUUGGCGGCGGCCAAGGAGGAGGAGGAGGAGGCGGCCAAGGAUUCAAUUUCAAAUUCCAUUUUUAAUGACAACUAAUACUUAGUUUUAUAUACAAAUUUAUUUUUGUUAAAAGUGCUGUGAAAAUGCAAUUGAGUGUGAUUGUUCAAAUAUAGAUGAAAAUAAGCCUUAUGUCAAUUGCAUGUCCUUCAAAGAGUAUCCUGGUAAAUAGACAUCCAAAAUUCUAUUUUUUGAUGUAUUGAUAUUAUGAUAUUUUUGUCAUUGAACUUAUUUCUUCUUAACUUGUUAAUAUGUCUUAUGAAGGCUAGAGGUUAAGGGAGGUAAUAGAUUGUAGGAUAAGAUAUGUAAGCAUAAGAUUUAUAUUUAUUUGUCACAGCCUGCUUGUUAUGAGAGAUUUUAAUGUGUAUGAUGGGAAUGUUUAUUAUUGCUAAUAGAAAUGAAAGUGUGUGAAUGUUUGAAUUAUGUGUGGAGUAAUGUACAUUAACAUUAUGCAAUCUCAAUAAUCCUAGUACAGAUAUGUUAAUGGACUUAUAUGUGAACUGUGCUUACGUUCUACAUUAUUAAAUACAAGUGCCUUUCAUCAACAUAAAGGAAUGUCAGUAUAUCAAUCUGUUAAGUCCAUGUUAAACAUGCAGUCUGGAAUUAAUAAUUUGUUCAUCUUUGAAAGCUCUUGGCUGUGCAAAUCAUAUUCUUAAUUUUGUCCCAUUAUUUAUGAAAUCCAAAUUUGUACACAUGUUUUAAAUGUGCAUUUAAAAAAAUAAUAAGUUUCUUAUGCUAAUUUUUUCUGCUAUUUGGAUUUCUGUUAUUUGUCAUCUGCAUGUCUGAGAGAUUAUUAGCUCUAGGUAUAUGUGUACAGAAUCAACAUGUAAGGGGGUUUCUUGUAGAGAGCUUAAGAAAUUUAGUUGACUCUCCUCUAUUUAUAUAUAUAAAGAGAAGGCAAGAAUCAUAUGUUGUUAUGGUGGAGUCUCUAGAAACAAAUGUUGUUAAUGAGGAAAUUAUAGGGUAAAAACUUCUGUUUACACAUUUGUAAAAAUCAUAUUAUAUUUUUCUUUGCACAUAUGGUAAAAUUUCACAUAUAAGGCUUUAGGAUAUUUUAACUUAAGGUUAGUGCUAUUUCUGUGUUAUAUCAUAUAAUUUUCCUUAUAAAAUAAGGAAAGGAAUAUGCUUUUUUAUCAUAUUUUGCUGUAUUCACUUUUCUUUUAUUGUUAUUUUCUUAUCCCACCUUUUGCUAUCAAAAUGUUUAUUUUCUUUUGCUUAGGCUUAAUAAAUCCUGUAAAAUCUUUUAUACCUUAUCA